ACAAGUACAGUUAUCCUGACCUAUGCCUACAGUCAUACUGACCUACUCUAACAGUCACACUGACCUACAUCUACAAUCAUAUUGACCGACAACUGUAGUCACACUGACCUAAAGCUACAGUCAUACUGGCCUAAAAAUAGUCAUAUUUACAUAAAACUAUAGUUAUCCUGACCUACACCUACAGUCAUACUCACCUACAAUUACAGUCAUACUUACCUACAGCUAGAGUUAUAGUGACCUACAUCUACAGUCACAUUGACCUAAAACUACAGUUAUCCUGACCUACACCUACAGUCAUACUGACCUACAACUACAGUCACACUUACCUACGGCUAGAGUUAUACUGACCUAUAUCUACAGUCACAUUGACCUAAAACUACAGUUAUCCUGACCUAAAACUGCAGUUAUAUUUCUACGAUAGUAGUGUCAGUAGGGUGCUAAAUAUUUUGAUAGGUUGUGGUACAUUAGGAAUAAUGUCAAAGGGUUGUGUCGAGCUAGUACUGGUGUGGGUACAUGUUUACAUUUCUAGGAAUUAAUACUACUGUAACAGCUUCUGUCCUUUACCACAGAUUUUGAACAUGAACCCUCGUUACAUCCUGUACACCAACCUGGUCAUCAACGACAUCAUUCUCCUGACCAUGUUCACCCUCAUCCAGCUCCUGAGUUACAUCGUCUUCACCCUCAACGUCUCCCUCUGCAUCGCUUUGAUUCUUGUCGCCGUGGCCUCCAGCAUCAACAGUCCUCUCACACUUGCUCUUAUGGCAAUUGAGUGUUACAUCGCUGUAUGCUUCCCACUCAGACACACACAGGUGUGCACAGUCAGAAAAACCUACGCUGCCAUCGGCACCAUCUGGUUGCUUAGUGCCCUUUACAUCCUAUCAGAUUUAUUUGCUGCUUUGGCUUCAGAAUCCCCUGAAUUCUUUCAAUCCAACCUCUUCUGCUUCGCAGAUGCGGUUUUUAGGCAACCGUACCGCAAAAAGAAGAUAGAAAUAUCCAACAUCGUUCUAAUGGUCCUGGUCUGGCUCAUUCUGUUCUACACCUACUUCAAGAUCCUCAGUGCUGCUAGAGCUGCGGCUCAUGAUGCUAAAAAAGCCAGGAACACUGUUCUCCUGCACGGCUUCCAGCUGCUGCUGUGUAUGCUCACCUAUGUUUAUUACGUCAUCGUCAAAGGCCUGUUAAUGCUGUUCCCUAGAGGAAUCCGAGACAUUCGAUUCAGUGUCACCAUAUUGGUUCACGUUCUUCCUCGACUCAUCAGUCCAGUCAUCUACGGGCUGCGAGACAAGACUUUCAGGAAGUACCUGAAAACUCAUCUUUUCUGUACAACAAACACUGAGACUCGCCCACAGAAGACGACCUGA